AUUCUCAGCUUGAAAGAGAGACCAAUAGAAGAACAGAAGCUUGAAUUUGCAGCGGAAUAUACAUUACUCUUUAUAUCGAGGAAUCAAUAAUAACUUAUAGCACCAACAUCAUCUAGCUUCAAUCGCUUCUCACCGCAAGGCUCAUACCAUCAUGUCGGUCCUCUUUGGUCAAGAUAAUCCAUAUUACGACCAACAGUCAAAUCUAAAUCCUGACAAUUUGCAAUUCUAUCAGAGUCAAUAUCCAGAUCCCUCCAAUGGCGCCUAUGGUGGGGCACAUACACAACAACGUUCUUCCUCGUUCCCUAGCAAUACGAUGUCGCCAGCACCAGACCUAGCCUAUGGUGGAUAUAAUGCGGCCAUUCCUGGGGGACAAAUGAACUCUCAGUCGGUCAGCUGGCUUGCUGCCUUCGGUGCUGGUGGCCUGGAAGGCGAACCACCACUUCUAGAAGAACUUGGAAUUAACUUUAGUCAUAUUAAAACAAAGUCCUUCACGGUUCUUAACCCAUUACGUCCUGUCGAUCGCAAUAUUAUGGAUGAUACGGACCUUGCAGGACCACUUUUGUUUUGUCUUGCAUUUGGAACAUUUUUGUUAUUGUCCGGAAAGCAGCACUUCGGGUAUGUUUAUGGUGUUGCAGUUGUAGGAUGUUCAGCCCUCUAUAUCAUUUUGAACCUGAUGUCGCCACAGGGCGUAGAUAUUCCCAAGACAGCAAGCGUUCUAGGAUAUUGCAUGUUACCCUUAGUCAUGCUGAGUAGCUUGAGCACUCUGUUUGUCUUGAACGGAGGUUUAGGCUAUAUUUUGUCAGUACUUGCUAUUGUGUGGUGCACAUACUCGUCAUCUGGAUUUUUCACGGCUGUACUCGGCAUGAACGAUCAGCGUUUCUUGGUAGCCUACCCUGUUGGUCUUUUCUAUGGUUGCUUUGCCCUUAUGACCGUGUUCUAAGUACCACAGCCUUUUAAUAUAAUAAUAAACUGAAUCACCAAGUCA